GGCACUGUGUAUUAAGACGUCUUAUACAUCCAGGUAACUGACUAACAACUAGUUUGUCCAACUAAUUAAACACAAAAUGUCUUUAAGCUCUGUCCUCAUCUCACUGUCAUGGUCGACAGAUUUUUAAUCUCUUGUUCCUUUGAUCACAUCCAAGUGUCAGAGAAGAUCUGACGUGCUAAACCUCCUUCAGCUCUGAUUUGACGAAUGUCUGUAGGUCACGAUAACGUCGCCUGACCAGCCUAUAUAAGCAGCAGAGAGUUUGCAUAGAGCCAAGCAAAACAAAGUCUCCGCAGACAAAGAACGGACGAGAUCUGCGCCGUUUCCCUCUGCGUAAAACUAAAAGUAGCUCGCCCAGGCGAUCCAAGACAUGGAGAGGUCUGUCAGGUUUGCAGUGGUUUGCGUCGGAGUGUCUUUACUCAUCUCCUGCCAUUCAGUCGAAGCCUGGUACAAGCAGUCGACUGGACCCAGCUACUACUCGGUGGGUCGCGCCUCCGGUUUGCUGUCCGGUAUCAGGAGGUCACCCUACGUCCGGAGAGCCGAGUCUGAAGAGACGCUGAUGGACAGCGGGGAGACGCCAGGUAACAACGUGAUCCCAGAGGCUAACAAACAGGUCUCCGUCCUAAAAAAUAUGGCAAUCUGCGUGAAGGACGUCUCUCCAAACCUGAAGAGCUGCGAGUUGCUGCGGGACGGGACGGGCACCUUCCAGUGCGAAGCCGAAGUCUUCCUCACCCUGGACUCCUUGGACUGCCUGUCCGCGUGAGUCCCGGUCCGACCACGCAGACAGUCUUCCACCUCCACCAAAAUCCCAGGAAUCGCUUCUCUGGAAAACUAAAACUACGGAACGGAAAAUGAGCAUGGGGUGGGGUUAGGAACGAGAAAGUCUCUAUUAUUGUUGACGAUGGACGUUGCAGACUCAGAAUGUUUUCCUUUAUCUUAGAAAAAAAAAAAAAAUCUUUGUUCACAUUUGCUUUGGUUGUGUAGACAGGAG